AGCGCGCGCGAUGAAGCGAAGAAGACUAGUACUCUGUGUCACAAAGUGCGGGUCUCCUCACUCUCUACGAAUUUACGAACAACCUGCACACCUCGGACAAGUCGAUCAAGCUCCUCGACUCUCUCUUCUCUCAGCUCGAGAUUGGACACCAAACGAUCGGUUUCUCGCUCGCGCUGACCUGGCAUCUCCAGCGAAAAAAAUGGCCGACGAAUACGACGCACUCGAGGCAGCAGCCUCAUCGUUUGCCGCUACGGCCGAGGUAGGCAAGACUGAACCUCGUUCUUCGAGGAACCGUGAAUAUUCCCCUGGACAUCGUAGCAGCCGGGACGACCGUGAUCGACGAGGAGGAGACCGGGAUAGGCCUCGCGAGAGGGACGACCGGGACAGAGAUAGAGAUAGGGGAGAUUACGACAGGAGGGAUCGACGGGACUAUGAACGCGAGCGGGAGAGGAGACAUCGCGAACGUGCCGACGGUGGAGACAGAGACAGGGACAGGGAGAGGGGUUACGAUCGAGAUCAUAGAAGAAGAGAUGAUCGUGGAGGAGAUAGAUACGGAGGACGAGGUGGAGACGGAUACGAUGAUCGACGACGGGGCGGGUCGCCUCCGGGUGGGAUGAUCGCUUCGAGCAUGAGGGAAGAUCGAGGUCCUCCAGCAGGCGGACGUGGAGACUAUGGCGGGGGUGGUCGAGGUGAUUACGGUGGAGGUGGCGGUUACGGCCACGGAGGCGGGUACAGAGACGAUCGUCGCGGAGGCGGUGGUGGGGGUGGUGGACGAGAUAGGAGGAGGAGGGACGAUGACCGCGAGUUCGAGGUCGGCCCUCUUGCGAACAGGAGGCGUGAGCCUACUCCGGAGGAUGCCAUUCCCCUGAGCGAGAGGCAGAGGCUCGGGCCUAGCCGGUGGGACGAGAAGCCUCCCGGUUUCGAGGACAUCUCGGCUGUCCAAGCCAAGCAGACUGGUCAAUUCCCUGCUCCGGGACCUAACCGUCAACCCAUUCCCGCGAUGCACGGUAACCCCGGUUUCCCGGGCGCACCCGGAUUUGUCGGAGGGCCAGGCUUCCCCGGUGCCGGUGGACCCAUGGGCGGUGUCGGUAACCCCAUGCGACAGAGCAAGAGACUCUAUGUCGGUAACAUCCAGUUGACCUGCAACGAGGCUACGUUAGCGGAAUUCUUCAACAUGAAGAUGCGGGAGCAGGGUUUCGCCGUCGAGAUGCCUGGCGAACCUGUUACCAGCGUACAGCUGAAUCACGAAAAAAGCUAUGCGUUUGUCGAGUUCCGAGUACCUGAAGAAGCGACCGCGGCCAUGGCCUUUGAUGGAAUCAUCUUCCAAGCUACUCCUCUCAAGAUUCGUCGUCCCAAGGACUACGUCGGACCGGAGGGGCCUGGUGGAUCGAUGCAUAUCCCUGGCGUAGUCAGCACUACGGUUGCUGACACGCCUAACAAGAUCUAUAUCGGAGGUCUUCCGACCUAUUUGAAUGAUGAGCAGGUCAUGGAGCUUCUCAAGUCUUUCGGAGAGCUCAAAUCGUUCAACUUGGUCAAGGAAGGAGCUGGCCAGACAGGACCAUCCAAAGGUUUUGCUUUCUGCGAAUACGUCGACGAUGUCGUCACCGAAAUGGCCAUCCAGGGACUGAACGGCUUCCAGCUGGCCGAUCGGAUAUUGCUCGUACAACGAGCGUCUACGGGACGAGGUCAGCAGUCAAGCUUUGGCACAGGCGCCAACUCUGGUCCCACCGGUGUACCCAAUUUGCGAAGUCUUGCUCCCAACAUUUUGAACAACGUUGGCAUGCAGUCUGCGCCCACUUCGCGCGUGAUGCUCUUGCUUAACAUGGUGACCGCGGAAGAGUUGGUUGACGAGCAAGACUACCAGGACAUCUUGGAAGACAUCCGAGAAGAGUGUGAGAAGUAUGGUCCGGUGGACGGGCUCCGUAUUCCCAGGCCUGCUAAACGAGAGGCCAAAUGGAACCCGGGUGAGACCGCUGGUCAACAGAAGGCGCAUUACGACAAAAUCGACGAAGAUGCAGGUGUGGGCAAGGUUUGGGUUCUGUUUAAGGACAUCAACGGAGCGAGUCGCGCUAUUCAGCAGAUUGCCGGAAGGUAAGCUAGCCAAUCUCACAUCCUAUCGCAACCCACUGCUAACUGGGGCAUUAUUUGGAUGUAGGCAAUUCGGUGGAAGGACCAU